UUAAAAGAUUUCUCCAAUGAAGUAAGAGCCACCAGAGAUGUACAGAAGUUUUUAAAGAAAACAGUACUACUAUUAGAUUUAGAGAAAACCAACAUGGACGAGAUCAUUGAUGAAAUUGUAAAUAAAAUGUUGAAAUCUGAAUCAACGAAAAAUUCCAGUCUGGAACAAACCAAGUCAGCCAUCUUUACACAUGAUUUUGGUAUGUUACAUUUUUCGUUUCAUCAGAUGUCCAGGACUCUACAGUCUACCAGUAUAUCAGAAGGAGGAGGUUUUGAUUAUGAUCAGAAUUGGGUCCUCACCAUGUGUAGUGUACCAUCAGUUCAGACAAGACAUGUUGGAAUAGCUAGACUAUCAUCACCAGCCAAUCUCGGUAAUACAGCACAAGAAGUAUAUUUUGUCAUCGUUAUUUUAACACCAACAAAAGAGAAAGGAACAAAGAAUGAGUUAGAAAUAGGUAGAACAUUUGCUACAUUAUUUGCUGAUUCCAAUUUGAGACUGCGUCUACUCAAUGCUAAUACUGAGGCUGAAUUCAAUCAGGUAUUGGAACAACAAACACAUGAGUUAUCACUGAGACAGAGGCAGACGGAUGAAAAAAUACCGGUUUUUGAUGAUGAAGAUGAAGGGAAAUUAAAAUGUGGGUUUUUAAAGGGAUUACGAGCUGAUUUAAAACGUAGAUUACCACAUUAUUGGUCUGACUAUAAAGAUGGUGUUGUUGGACCUAGAACUAUACAGAAGACAAUAUCCACUACUUUCUUCCUUUAUUUUGCUUGUGUUUUACCAUGUAUUGCAUUUGGUGUACUUAAUGCUUAUAAUACUCACAAUAUUCUUACUGUUGAGAAGGUGCUCUAUGCUCAAACGUUUGGUGGAUUAGUAUUUGCUGUGUUUGGUGGUACUCCACAAAUAGUACUAUUAACAACUGCUCCAUUGGCUUUAUAUACUAAAAUUAUUUACAGUAUUUGUGAAGAUUUUGAUAUUAAUUUUCAAGCCAUGUUUACUUGUGUUGGUUUAUGGAAUUCAUUCUUCCUUAUCAUUUAUUCCUUCUUUGAUCUGAGUAUAUUGAUGCAGUUCUCUACCAGAUCAUCUGAAGAAAUAUUUGCCUUAUUUAUCAGUAUUGCCUUUGCUGUUGAUGCCUUUAAAAAUACUGCUCUUAGUAAGUCAUCUUUAUUUUUUUAUAUAAUUUAUCAUACUUUGAUUUUAGAUUUUGAAGAUAAUUAUUAUACACCAGCAUGUAGUGGUGUGAGUGAUGUUAUUAAUAAUACAGUUGGCAUGGUAACCAAUACAUCUGCUAAUUCAUCAGACACAGCAACUGAUGUUUGUGGUAGAGAUAUUAGUAUGUUGUAUCUAUUCUUACUACUAGGAACAUUAUGGGUUGGUGUGGUACUCUUUAACUUCACUAAAACACCAUAUUUAAACAGUGCUAAACGUGAACUACUAGCUGAUUAUUCUCUUCCAGUAUCAGUAGUUAUUAUGUCUUUCUUUGGUGCUUAUGUUUUUAGAGAAGUCAACAUGGGGAAAGCCUUUGAUGCUACAAGACAGACUGGUAUCUUUCAACUGAUAGAUCUAUCUAGUUUAUCUGUUGGAGCUAUUUUUGGUGCUAUGGGACUUGGUUUUUGUUUAUCUUUGUUGUUUUUUAUGGAUCAAAACAUAUCUGCUGCUCUAGUUAAUGCUCCUCAAAACAAAAUGAAGAAGGGUACAGCCUACCACUGGGAUCUAUUGGUCAUAUCAUUGGUAAAUGGUUUACACUCCAUAAUAUGUUUCCCAUGGGUACACGCUGCUUUACCUCAUUCCCCACUUCAUGUUCGAGCUUUAGCUGAUGUUGAAGAAAGAGUUGAUCAGGGCCAUAUCUACUCCAUAAUUGUUCGUGUACGAGAAACAAGAUUAACUGCGAUAUUCUCACAUAUUUUAAUUGGUUGUAGUUUAUUUUUUAUGCAAGUGUUAGCCUAUAUUCCUACACCUGUAUUAUAUGGACUAUUUCUUUAUGUAGCAGUCACAUCAUUAUAUGGUAAUCAGUUCUUUGAAAGAGUUCAGUUAUUUUUUACAGAGCAGGCUGCCUAUCCACCAAACCAUUAUAUUCGUCGAGUUCCACAGAGAAAGAUGCACACAUUUACAUUAAUACAAUUAGUUCAACUAUUGGUGUUAUGUGGAUUCGGGUUUGCUCCUUAUCCCUAUCUCAAAAUGUUUUUCCCUGUUUUAAUUUUUGCUUUGAUACCUAUAAGACAUAAAUUGAUUCCUAAACUGAUUGAUACCAAGUUUCUGAAGGCAAUGGAUGGUCAUUAA